CUUUAAAUUUGAGUGCAGUUGCGCCACGAAUUAAUUAAUUGCUGAAGCGAUAGUGCAGUGCAUUUGGGCUAUUUCCUCAUUAUCAUGUUUGAGUGAGUCAAACCUCAAUUGAAAUGUAUGGAAUAAAUAGAAAAGUUAUUAAAUGUAAAAUUCAACAACUACCUGCUUCAGUAGAUCCACAGGAUGGGUCAAGGUCACCUCGUGAUAAGAAGUUUUUGUAACGAUCAGAGUGGUAAAGAAUACUUUUAACCUUGUUUAAUAUUGCAAUUGAACUUUAAUCACAUUUUAAAUAGCGAAACCGAAAGUAUAAAACUACUUUUUUUUGAGAACAGUGAUUGUUUAAAUAACCGGUUGCACGAAUUACACGGGUUUAAAGUAUUCUUAUCAGAUUAAAGAGCAGUGAAAAUGACAUUAGAAUUUAAAAGCGCAAGAAAAUCGCGAUGGUAUUUUGGAGGUUUAGCAUCGGCUGGGGCUGCGUGUGUAACCCAUCCGUUAGACUUAUUAAAAGUAACUAUUCAGACCCAACAAGAUAAAUCGAUCACCAUGUUAGGAGUUGCCACCAAUAUUGUCAAAAGGGAGGGUGUUCGAGCUCUUUAUAAUGGAAUUUCGGCAUCUUUAAUGCGACAAUUAACGUAUUCAACCACUCGUUUUGGAAUUUACGAAGUUACGAAGCAGACGCUUGAGGUGGCUGGGGUAGAUUCAGGAUUUGGGACUAAAGUUUUAAUGGCAGGGGUUGCUGGAGCUGCUGGCGGUCUCGUCGGUACUCCUGCUGAUAUGGUUAAUGUAAGGAUGCAAAACGAUGUUAAACUUCCUCCAGAAAAGCGUAGAAAUUAUAUGAAUGCUUUUGAUGGUUUGUUUAAAGUUUAUAAAGAAGAGGGGGCAAAAAGAUUGUUUUCUGGAGCAGGCGCAGCUACCAGCAGAGCAAUAUUCAUGACAAUAGGGCAGCUAUCAUUUUACGAUCAAAUUAAGAAGAACCUUUUAACAAGUGGACUGUUUAAAGAUAAUUUAUUCACCCAUUUUGUGUCUAGUCUAUCUGCAGGUGCCAUAGCCACAACACUCACACAGCCCCUUGACGUGUUAAAGACAAGGGCUAUGAAUGCUAAGCCGGGGGAAUUUUCGGGUAUGUGGGAUCUAAUUGUGUACACUGCCAAAUUGGGGCCUAUGGGGUUCUUUAAGGGCUACAUACCGGCGUUCCUAAGAUUAGGACCACAUACUAUCCUAACAUUUGUGUUCCUAGAACAACUUCGACUAAACUUUGGUAUAGAUGUGUAAUUGCCAUUUUUUUAAUUUUAUUUUUAAUUUUAAGUAAAUAUUUAAAAAUAGGAAAUUUUAUUUUUGUAACAACUGUUGUUAUUCCUAUUUCUUUUUUAGUUUAAUUUUUUUAAAAGAUGUGACAAUUUAUUGUAAAUGUACAACUGUACAUUGAUGUAUUGUGUUUUGUGAAGUUAUUUAAUGUUUUAAUUAUUCCCUCUACAUGACGAAAUAAGUUGAGAAAUUAGUUAAAAUAUGUUUUGUUAUUCAAAUUUAAAGCUGGUCUUUGUUUGAUUAAUUCAUUCCAUUAUGGAUCAACAAAAAAAUAAGUAGAUUUGAAUAUUUUAUACAUUCCGGAUGUAGGACCAUACUUUUUGUGACAUGAAAAUGGUGCCUUGUUGUUAUUUAGGUUUAUUAUAUUGACAAAUUUCCGAAGAGGUCAAAAGCUUGGAUACCUUUAAACGACAAGAAAAAUUAUAAUGUAUUUUUGAUAUAUUUUAUUUUUUAAUUCAAUUGCAUUAUGAAAAGGCUAAUGCUUUCUGAAAAGGGCUCAAUAUUUAGCUGUGGUUGUACUUUGAGCCCUCUUCAGCGAUAUAGUAGUACUCAGAAUUGAUUUUAAAGCUUAGUCUUUUAUACAAUUUGUGCCAAUUCCCAUUCUGUUAUUCUAGUCCCUAUUUUCAAACUAUAUUCAUGUACUAUUUUAUGUUGUAGUUUGUUCAAAG